CCCGCCACUUCCAGUCCAGUCUCCGCCAGAAGCUCGAGUAAACGUUUCCAUGGAAGCCCUUCAUUUUGCUCCUACCCAUCAACUACUUCUUCGCCAAAAAAAUACAAACAAAACUAAAUCCCAUUUCAACGAUAUCUUCACUAGCAAGCCCGCCGCCGCCGCCGCCGCCAACAAGAUCAGACCAUUAAUCUACUCCGCCCUAUCUAAACCCACAGACGGGGCAUCCUCAAAACCAUCCCUUUUGAAUGGCACGACUUCACCUCAGUCAAAUUUACCGGCGCCGCCUUUGUUACGUGUGUCAUCUGAUUCUCUCCAAUACCCAGCCGGGUUCCUCGGCGCAGUGCCCGAUCAAGACAUUCAAGGAUCCGGCACCAAUUUGCUCAACGCGAUGGAAUACUUGACCAAUGUAUUGUCUUCGAAGGUCUAUGAUGUUGCUAUUGAAUCUCCUUUGCAGCUAGCUCCAAAGCUUUCAGAAAAACUUGGUGUUAAUAUCUGGCUAAAAAGAGAAGAUUUGCAGCCAGUGUUCUCAUUCAAACUUAGAGGAGCUUAUAAUAUGAUGGCUAAACUUUCAAAAGAGCAAUUGGAAAGAGGGGUUAUAUGUUCAUCUGCUGGAAAUCAUGCCCAAGGGGUUGCUUUAUCUGCUCAAAGGCUUGGUUGUGAUGCUGUGAUUGUGAUGCCUGUUACAACUCCUGAAAUCAAGUGGAAAUCAGUUAAACGAUUGGGUGCUUGUGUUGUUCUUAUUGGGGAUUCAUAUGAUGAAGCACAAGCAUAUGCAAAGAAAAGAGGAGAAGAGGAAGGCCGGACAUUCAUACCUCCAUUUGAUCAUCCUGAUGUUAUCAUAGGACAGGCUACUACUGGUAUGGAGAUUGUGCGUCAAAUGAAAUCCCCAUUGCAUGCUAUCUUUGUGCCCGUUGGAGGUGGUGGGUUAAUAGCUGGUAUUGCAGCAUAUGUGAAGAGGGUGUCUCCAGAGGUGAAGAUAAUCGGUGUGGAGCCUGCAGAUGCAAAUGCCAUGGCAUUAUCAUUGCACCAUGGACAAAGAGUCAUGCUGGAUCAAGUUGGAGGUUUUGCUGAUGGUGUGGCUGUUAAAGUAGUUGGAGAAGAGACUUUCCGUCUGUGCAAAGAUUUGAUAGACGGAAUUGUCCUUGUUAGUCGUGAUGCUAUUUGCGCAUCCAUAAAGGACAUGUUUGAGGAGAAAAGGAGCAUUCUUGAGCCAGCGGGUGCUCUGUCUCUUGCUGGAGCUGAAGCUUAUUGCAAAUAUUACGGUCUGAAGGGAGUAAAUGUUGUAGCUAUAACGAGUGGGGCUAACAUGAACUUCGACAGACUUAGAUUAGUAACCGAACUGGCAGAUGUUGGUAGGCAAAGAGAAGCCGUACUCACAACUUUCAUGCCUGAGGAGCCUGGAAGCUUCAAAAGAUUUUGUGAACUUGUUGGUCCGAUGAAUAUAACAGAGUUCAAAUACAGAUAUAAUAUCAAUAAAAAAGAAGCUCUAGUGUUGUAUAGUGUGGGGCUCCACACUGUUUCAGAGCUUGAAGCAAUGGUGAAGAGGAUGAAAUCUGCUGGACUUAGAACAAACAAUCUAACAGACAAUGAUUUGGUUAAGGAUCAUUUAAGACAUCUGGUGGGGGGUCGAUCCAAUGUUGACAAUGAGCUUCUGUGUAGAUUUGUGUUUCCAGAGAGACCCGGGGCUUUAAUGAAAUUCUUGCACGUGUUAAGCCCGCGAUGGAAUAUAAGCUUAUUUCAUUAUCGAGGACAGGGCGACACUGGAGCUAAUGUGCUGGUUGGAAUUCAAGUUCCUGUUAGCGAAAUGACGGAGUUCAGAGAUCUUGCCAAUGAUUUGGGCUACGAAUACAACAUCGAGAGUGAUAACGAAGCCUUCAAACUUCUAAUGCAGUAUUAAAUCGAACAAUGAUCCACCCAAAAAAUUUCAGAUCUCACUUAAUGCGAUUGAACUGUAGAUGUUGGGCUAGCCCUCGGUCAGAGAUUAAAGUAAUAAACACAAAAAUAGUUCUGAAAUAUUUAUUGUCAAUUUCUCUAUAUAUUUUUAUUAGAUCUUAUUUGCAAAGAGGAUUUAGUAUAUUUGUAACUGGAGUCACCAAGAAACUGUCUAUUUACUAUUAUUAUUAUUAUUGUU